CAACAUUUUUUACAAAUACUUUUUACUGAUAAAAUUAAACAAAACCUGGCCGUGCUGAACACAAAAUUUCUUGUUAAAAAUUUGAAAAAUUAAGCAAAAUGUCAUACAAGCACGACUUAGAAACCGCGGACAAAAUACUUCCUAACAAACUUACUAAGCUGAAGGCCAGCAUGAAUCCCUCAUUACCGAGACCGGCGAUAAUCUGCAGCGAUUCUAAAAAGCUGGAAAACGACAAGCGCAAUGGCUUGGAUCUGGAGAUGUCAGAUGAACCGGAGGCAGCGAUCGUGAAGAGAGUGCGAUGGGCUCCGAUUAUUGUGAGCAGAAGCUCGAGUAAGUCCUUCAAUUACAUCACACCAUCGAGCACAAAGCAGAUCCCAUUCGACCAGGAUACACCAGAUGAGGUGCGACUGGCCCAUAGGCUGCGGCUGGCAGUGCAUCGUGGCGGAGGUUCCAUCGAUCCCGAGAAGAAUUUCGAGCUUCGGGCUCAACUUUCGCCCUUACAGCUGCCCUACAGUCAGGUUCAGCGUAUCUUGAGAGAGUGUGAGCUGUACGAGCGCGAAUACGACACCUAUUCGCUUCACAUAGACUACGGUCGACAACUGGUGGCAAUGGUUUGCAAGGUCAGGACUAAUGACCUCAAGGCAGUGAAGCUGCGCUUGGCCAACUUCCUUCGGCAAUACAAAUCUCGCCUUUUCAACCGUCACCUACUUACGGAAACAGGCCUAAUCCAGGCCAAUUUUCCCAAGUCACUGUGGAGUCCCUCUGACUUUCAACAAACAGUGUGCACAGAUGCAUUGUGGUGCAAAGCUACUGACAGCCGCAUCACAGAUUUUGAAAAGAAGGACGUUUUGUUCAAGUGUCAGCCCAAUGACCUGCGAGAGGCAACGGCCAAACUGAGGCACUGUGGCUACAAGAUAGUCCACACCGAACUGGGGUAUUGCCCAAACAAGCCGAUGGUCAACUUGACCGACCGUCAAAUGAAGCGCUACCAGGAAUUUCUCAAACGACUCAAGCAGGACGAAGAUAUCGUAAAAGUCUACGAUAAUGUGCGAGUUCAGUAAUUUAAGCAGAUCAUCGGAGGUUGUCUAAGUCAAGCGAAUAAUAAUAAUCGAGGACUAUUUUAUAGAAAUACUUUCAUAUUUUAAAUACGAUCAUUAAAGCAGCUGGCGGUUCUCCGAAAUAUACAUACAUAAA